AUGAAUAAAGAAGCAAAUAUUACGGUAAAUAUUGAAUACAACAGUAAAAGUAAUAAUACGGAAAUUAUUGCAAGGAAGAAGGAUAAAUUUCAUUUUAAAAAUUUUUAUAAAUACGAUUUUCAUAACUUAGCAAUGGAUGACAUUGUUCAAGAAGGAUUACAUAUGUUGAAAGAUAAUCGAAUAUAUGUCAUUUCAUCAGAUAAAAUAUCAAUUAAUUGUCAUAUAUUUGAUCUCGAAUCUGUUGUUGACCUUCUGACAGUUUAUCCAGUGGGAAUGGGUGGUGAUUAUUAUGGAUUUUCAUUACCUGGAAGUAGCACUGUUACAAUAUAUUUGUUACCACUUGAAAGAACAAAUGAAACAAUAUCUGAAACUCAUCAUAUUUCAAUAAUAGAAAAGCAAAACAAUAAAUUAAAAACCAUAAAACAAAAUAUGAAAGCAGGUUCAUUAUGGCAAUUCACAGCAUAUGUGGAAAAACGAUAUCAGUAUGGAUUCGUGAUCAAUUGA